AUGUCAGACCUCACUGCUGAGAAUGUCGCCGAUGUGCUUAAAGAUGAUCGUAUGGUCAAAGUGGCCGGGAUCGACGUCGAUGGCAUGCUGCGCGGCAAGCUCAUGAAGAAGACCAAAUUUCUCUCUAUCGUCUCAGAGGGCUUCGGAUUCUGCUCCGUUAUUUUCGGCUGGGACCAGCAUGAUCAAACCUACUACAAAGAGCUGACAAUCAGCAACAAAGAGAACGGAUACCGCGAUCUCCUCGCGAUACCUGAUCUGAGCAGUUUCCGGCGCAUUCCUUGGGAGAACAAUGUGCCUUUCUUCCUGGUCAGCUUCUUGGAUCCUGAUACACGCGAGCCGGUCUGCGCGUGCCCGCGAGGUCUGUUGAAGAACGCUGCUGCUAAGGCCGAAGCGGCUGGGUACCGCGCCAUGGCAGGAGCCGAGUAUGAAUUUUAUCAGUUCCGCGCACCGGGCAAUCAUCCUAACCCCGAACGAACGGCAUCGCACACGGCGACCUUCCUCCAGAAUAAUGCGGUCGACUCCUUGCCGCCGUUAACGGAGGGCAUGUUCGGAUACUCGAUUACUCGGCCGCUGCACAACCAGGAUUACUACUACGGCAUUUUUGAUGCCUGUGAGCAAUUCCGCUGCGAUAUUGAGGGAUGGCACACCGAAAGUGGUCCUGGCGUAUAUGAGGCAGCAUUACAAUUCGGGGAAGCGAAGGAGAUGGCGGACAAGGCCGGAUUGUUCAAAUACGUCGUCAAGGCGUACGGAAUCAAGCACGGCAUCACACCGUGCUUCAUGGCUAAGCCGCGCCAGGGUCUUCCUGGUAACAGCGGACACAUGCACAUCUCACUUAUGACAGCCGACGGCAAGAAUGCCUUUAUCCGCGAUACCCCCGACCCCAAUCCGCCCUACCCCGAUGUCGCGCAUCUCUCUGAUCUGGGCCGACACUUCUUGGCAGGUCUGCUGGUCGGCUUGCCGGAUAUCAUGCCUCUGUUUGCGCCAACGAUCAACUCCUACAAGCGCUUGGUCGAGAAUUUCUGGGCGCCCGUGACCGUUUCCUGGGGAUUGGAGCACCGCGCUGCAUCUAUCCGGCUUAUCACGCCACCAACGGCCAGCGCAAAGGCCACCCGCUUUGAAGUCCGUGUCCCCGGUGCUGACGCCAACCCGCACUUUGUCCUGGCAGCUAUCAUGGCAUUGGGAUGGCGCGGAGUCGAGAAGAAGCUCGAGAUCCUCACGCCGCCAUUGUCCAAGGGUGAGGAUAUGGGCGGUGCCAGUGACAAGGGCGUGCGACUCGCGAAGACCCUCAAGGAAGCGAUCGUUACAUUCAUGCGACCGGACAGUAUUGCACGCGAGGCAUUUGGAGAUGCCUUUGUGGAUCACUUUGGUGGCACCCGGGAGCACGAGGUGCGUCUGUGGGAGGAGGCCGUCACGGACUGGGAGGUGCGUCGAUAUAUCGAGACGGUUUAG